AUGUGUCUUCAGAGGCUUCUAGAAACCAUUUUAUUUGGCUCUGAGGUCAACAUCCCUGACUUUACAACCCAUUAUGAUGUGGAGAAGGAGAGAGAGUUGCGGACAGAGUUCAGCAAAGAGGAAAUCUGGCAGAGAAUCGAGCAGUACAACUUGCUAACCAAAGACCACCUUAAAAUGACGCUGGGUGCGGGCGGUGUGUACACGGGUUUCAUCAAGGUCCAGAUGGAUUUGCGGAGGCCAAUGACGGUGCAGGGAAGUCAGACAAGAGCUGGGGAGGCCUUCUAUCUGCCCCAAGGAGUCUCCAACACCCUUCAUGUCAGCUCUAAAACCACAGUCAAAGAGGUGAUCGUCGGCUUGCUGAGCAAAUUCACAGUUGCAGACAACCCGGCUAAAUAUGCCCUGUACAAGAGAUACCGGCGGGAGGAGCAGGUUUAUACAUGCAAAUUGGCGGAUGCUGAGAAGCCGUUGUUUCUUCGCCUGGUGGCGGGACCCGACCCAGACCUGCUCAGCUUUGUCCUGAAAGAACAGCAGACGGGAGAAGUCAUGUGGGAUGCCUUCUCCAUCCCUGAGCUGAAAAACUUCCUGCGGAUCCUUGAAAAGGAGGAACAGGAGCAGAAGGACGCAGUAAUUCGUCGCUAUGAAACCUACCGGCAGAGACUGCAGGAGGCACUGCUGGAGGUCAGGGGGCCUUCUUAAGAGGAUAUAACCUCCUUGAAAAAGGACUACUGCCCCCUAGAGGGACGAAGGGGAUGUUUUGUUUUGUUUUUCAUUUUUAAUCUCCUGGUGUACAUUUUGAUGGAGGGAGGGAUGUGAACACAGAAUCGGGAGAGAGGAUCCAGCACCUGGAAGAAGGGAUAAUAAAGGAUGACAAGAGGACAGAAAAAAGAGACUGCAAAUAAAAAAGACGAACAGACAGAAUUUUGGUUGCUGGAUUCAAGAUUUCAAACUGCUUCCCGCUCGGCUCCGUCUGCCUGCAAACACCAAAGAUUCACUCACUGUGCCAUAUCCGUUCAUCCUCUUCCCUGUUCGCCGUCCAUCCCUCUCUUCUUCUUCUUCUCUCACUCUGUCCUGCUGUCACAUAAUUUAUGCAGUUCAUCCUUUUUGUUUCCCUCACCUUUUUAUCCUUUGAACUUGUGAAAGACUCAAGGUUGAAUUAUUUUUAUUUAACUUGUGUGUUUUAAAGGUCUGUACAUUUUUUUUUUUUUUUAAUUUAUAUGGGUGAAGCUUUUUAUUGCUUUUUGUUUUUCUUUUUAAAACAAAGUCUUAUUUUUGUUUUAUUGUAGAGGCGGAGCAACAAUCUGCUUGUUGACACAGAUGCUGAGAAUAGUUUUUUCAGACUUCAGCAGGACACAGAAAAUCCAAACAUCAGAGCAUGACAGACCAUUUAAAAAAAGUUAUUAUCAUAAAAUGGAGUUAUUUUAACUCACAGUAGUUGUAAAAGUAAAUACUGAUUCCAAUAAUAAUAGCUCUAAUUACAAAGAAUGAAAAUGGAUUGGAGUUCUUCUGGAUUUAUCCGUUCCAAAAACAUGUCCAAUCAAAAUAUAUGAAUCUGAGAAGAAAUUCUUAUUAUAUUCGUUAUCCAUUUAUAUGGAAUUUAAUUAUCUGUUCAUAUUUUUUGGCACAUUUAGGACUCCAUAAAAGCCAGCCUGAGAUUGUUUGCAUGAAAGAAAGGAGAAAUGAAAGAUGAUGUAACGGAAAACAGAUGCAGGAACUCUAGAGAGAUUUUUAAUAGGAAGAGUAAAAGAACGAUAAGAUGAGUCUUAACUGGAACUUAACAGGAAGUAGUUUAGUUUUGGUUGCAGUUUGUAAAAAACUAAAAAAAAAACGCUGUUUGUUUUUUCAUGUGGAGUGAAGAUGAACUGGUGGGAUCUGAAGCCUUUGUGUUUUUUCCACCACCAGCAGAGUUUCGUGAACCAUGAGCUGAAUAGACUAAAGCAAACUGCUUGAACUUUGACCCCCCCCC